GACAUCCCCAAUGUUUUGAUCGUACAGAUUCAUAUUUUAUUUUCAAUCAACACAACGCACUCACGUUUUAUGUAAUCUGUGUCUCAGAGUAUCGUGGAACCAUGUCCGUAGUAGCGAAUCUUGUUUCCAAAUUCGCCACAUCCGGAACGAACUUAGCCGGUUACGGGUUUCAACAAGUUCGCACCAAAUGGACCGAUUGGCGGAUGAUUAAGGAUGCCAAACGGCGAAAGUGUGUAGUGGAGCAUGCCAAGGACCGGCUGCGGGUAAAUUCACUGAGAAAGAAUACAAUCCUCCCGGUGGAGCUGCGCGAAAUGGCCAGUGCGGAAAUUCAUGCCUUCCCACGGGACACCUCCCUGGUGCGAGUGAGGGAACGUUGUGCCGUCACUUCCAGAUCCCGAGGUAUUGUCCAUCGAUGGCGAGUGAGUCGAAUCGUGUGGAGGCAUCUGGCCGAUUACAAUAAACUGUCCGGUGUUCAAAGAGCUAUGUGGUGAAAGCAUAAUAUAAUCGAAUGUGGAAAAGGUA